CUGGGAAGACGGCGCGAGUUAUGGAGCCGCUGAGAGCUUCUCACUCAGAGCUGAACCACAGAGAAUCAAGUCAAAGUGUUUCUGCUCUAAACUACUGAGUGACAGUCUGCCAAGUGUCAAGUUUGUGUGGAUCAGAGGUUCAAACAAUUAAACCUGGAAGAGUGAAGAUGGCUGAUACAAUGGAGGAGUUGAGACAACAUUGUCUGAGUAGAGGAGCAGCUGGGAUUAAAGGCUUGGGAAGAACCUUCCGCAUCAUGGAUGAUGAUGGCAGUAAGUCUUUAAACCUGGAGGAGUUUCAGAAAGGUCUGGAGACCUAUGGUUUGUGUAUUAAAAAGGAAAAGGCCAAGGAGAUCUUCACUUUUGUGGACAAAGAUAAAAGCGGCACCAUUGACUUCAAUGAAUUUAUUGAGAAACUAAGGCAACCUAUGUCCAGUGUCAGGAAGCAGGUGAUCAAACAAGCCUUCCAGAAGCUGGACCGUACCGGUGAUGGAGUGGUAACUGUGCAAGAUUUAGAGGGAGUCUACAACAGCAAACAUCACUCCAAGUACAAGAGUGGGGAGUGGACUGAGGAACAAGUGUUCCGCUCUUUUCUGGACAGUUUCGACUCACCAUAUGAUAAAGACGGAAAGGUCACUUUGGACGAGUUUGUGGAUUACUACAGCGGUGUCAGUGCCUCCGUUGACAGCGACGAUUACUUUGUCACCAUGAUGCAGAAUGCAUGGAAGUUGUAAUCACCACGGUUCUCAUCUCUUCAUGGAAAUUUACAAAUUUGUAAAACCAGAGUUAAAAAAAUAAAGAUGUCACCCCCUGGUGGACACACAAAUGUA